ACUUCCUGCGCCUGACUCAGCUCCCGUCAAACGCCAGCGAGGGCGAUAGCGAUUGGCUGCCUUGGGUCGGGUUAAAAGCUGCUUGCUGCAAACUCCGGCCUCGGCUGCCAGCGGUAACCCCCGAGCAGCCAACGCAGAGUCAGACCGAGCAAGCGGUCGAUUGAUUGUCCUGAUUCCGCUUCUCCUGAGACGCUAAAAUUGGCCAUUCCGCUCUGGCGCGAUUCCUUAGCCUGCGAAGAGGCGUGCAUGUAGAACUGGAUCUGUUUUGCCGGGCUCUAAGCAAGUUUCCAGCUUCUCUCGCCUAUUUCUGUAGGUGAAAGGAUGGUGAAUGAGGAGGAAGAGGGGACUUCUCAGCAGGGAGGCCCUAAACCAGCAGAACCACAUGGGACACAAUUAGAAACUGGCCGGAGGCUUGCUUCCCCAGACCUUGAGCUGGAAGGGGGUGAAAUCAGUGAGAGCAGUUCAGAGACAGACCCAAGAAGCUGUGCCCAAGAAUUGGAGAAUGAAUCUUUUCCCGCUAAUGGAGGAGUUCCAGUGAACGAAACUGUGGCUGUUUGUCCAUCACAGACGCAGUAUAUCUGCCCCGUUUGUGGGGAGUGCUUUAGUGGGAGCUCCUGCCUCACUGAGCAUCAGAGAGCCCACAAAGAUGAGAAAUCAUAUCCGUGCCCUGUGUGUGGGAAAGGCUUUAGCCAGCAAGCUGAUUUGAUUGAACACAUGCAAACCCACACAGAUGAGAAGCCAUUUUCCUGCCUGGAAUGCGGGAGGAACUUCCUCUUCAGCUCUGACCUGGUUGCCCACCAGAAAGUCCACACAGGAGAGAAGCCCUACAUCUGUUUGGAGUGUGGGAAAGGCUUCUCACAGAGUUCACAGCUUAUGUCUCAUCGGAGAGUCCACACAGGGGAAAAACCCUAUGAGUGCAUCAUCUGUGAGAAGAGCUUCCGGUCCAACUAUGAUCUGGUCAACCACCAGAGAAGUCACACUGGAGAGAAACCUUAUAUAUGCUCCGACUGUGGGAAAAGCUUCACCCGGAGCUCGCACCUAAUCUCCCAUCAGAGAGUACACACUGGGGAAAGGCCUUACCCCUGCGGGAUCUGUGGGAAGCGGUUCCGUGACUGCUCACACCUUAUUAGGCAUCAAAGGGUCCACACUGGUGAGAAACCUUACGAGUGCUCCAUUUGUGGCAAGAGCUUCAGGGUCAACUACGACUUGGUGACCCAUCAGAGAAACCACACUGGAGAAAAGCCUUAUGAAUGCCCUGAUUGUGGGAAAGGCUUCAAGCGCAGCUCACAUCUGAUCUGCCACCAAAGGGUUCACACAGGGGAAAGGCCCUAUCCCUGUGGCAUCUGUGGGAAAAGUUUCAGCUAUAGCUCCGACCUUAUUAAGCAUCAGAGAAUCCACACCGGUGAGAAACCUUAUGAGUGUCACAUUUGCGGAAAGAGCUUCAGGAUCAAUGCCGACCUAGUCACUCAUCAGAGGAUCCACACAGGAGAGAAGCCUUAUACGUGCCCAGAUUGUGGGAAAUGCUUUGCUCGGAGCUCACGUCUUGUAUCCCAUCAGAGAGUCCAUGUUAAGGAUGGAAGCCUUGGGUCUACCCUUUCUGAAGCUGACACAUCGCAUGUAACGACUACCUGGUCCUCAGCUCCUGAACGUCUCCGGAGCCAAGAAGAGAAGGAGGCUCCAGUCCUUAAGCAGAGCAAUGACCCUGCAGCGUUGACUGGCCUUGCAAAUUCUAGUCAGUUGGUCCAUGGCGAUACACCUCCAACUACCCAGUUAGUUGAGAUAAAGGUGGAAGAUCCUUUUUGAUUCCUGAUACAUGGAACCUGAGCAGCAAAUGGACUGGAUCUGAAAUGCGUCCUUUCUAGUGACAGAAUAGUAAACAAUACCGAUGAUCCUUCAUUCACUUUAAUUACACACUCAAGGAAAUUUUUAAAGAGGCUUGAAUAACCGUUGUAUUAACUAAAUUAUGGAGUCGAUAAGCUGUCUUUCACAUUGUGCGUAUUGGAGCAAGAGUGCAGUGGCAUAAGGCAUGGCAAAGUCCCCAUGGGGUAGGACCACCAGCCAUAUCUAAAAUUAAAAGCCAUUUUUAAAAACUACUUGCUUUGCUGUUGCUUCCCCAAAGGAAUCCAUGGAAAUGUUGUAUGGUGAGAAUUCUCGAUUAGGAAUUCUUAUAUGCUUUUUUUAUUCCGGGCUGGGGAUGGGGUGAGGGUGGUACACCUGUAAAGAAAGAAAGAAAUGCAACUUGAAUCAGAAAAAAGGAGCACUGUUAAUACACAGAUCUCCUGGGAAUGAGCAAGGGAAAAAAAUUAACUCACAACUGUUGUGUGUUGUAAUGUCCUUUUCUCUUCAAAAUAAGUGUGUGUGUAUGUGUGUUUCUUCAUUCCCAAGAGAUCCAUAUGAAACAACCAUCCCUUUGUUCUUUUCCUUAUGAGGGAAGCCAUGGCUCUUAAAAUAGUUUAAGAUUGCAAUCCUAUAUGUACUUGCCUGGGAGUAGGUCUCAUUGAAAUCAUUAGGCUUGCUUCCAAGUAAUAGGAUUGCAUUCUUGGGGGUUGUAUCCAGUGCUAGUCAUUCUUAGAGUGGUCCCAUUGAAAUUAAUGGACAUGUCUAAUGUAGGUCCAUUAAAUUCAGUGGGUCUACUCUCUAAGUAGAAUUUAGUUGGAUGCAACCCUUAAUCUCUCACAUAGACGUGACCGCAGAUUCUUUCUUUGUAAGCACAGUUAUUUCACAGAAAGACGAUCUUGCUGUUUAUCAUCUCCUAGCAAGUUACCCUGAAUUUGAUUUUUUAAAAAAAUUUAGUUGGAUAGUGUGGAGCUUUAAGUCAUUAAUAAACAUUAUUUAAUUUAAUUUAUAAGGCAUGGCCCUUCCUUGCAGAGUUGACUGCCUACUUGUAAAGGGAUCCCCCAUAGGACACAGCAGAGCCUUGUUGUCAUUUUUAUUCUCCCCAUGAACACAGGCACAUGUGCAGGCACCAUGCCAAGUUAUCUUGGAAAAUGGAAGACCUGUGUGCCCUGCAUGUUCCCUUCCAACCGGGCCCCUCACCUGCAGCGCAAACCUACGCAUGUUUACUAAAAAACAUGUCACACUUUUUUCAGUGGGGCUUACUUCCAAGGAAGUGUGCCUAGGACCGCAGCCUUAGUCACGGAAUAUGAGCAACGCACUUCAUGUUCUUUGGUCGAGGAGUUGGGGGAGGGCUGGAUGGUUGGGGAGGUGAGAGGUUCUUUCUGAUGGCUUGGCAGCUUGCCUGAGCAUAUAUCCAUGUGGCAGGGGGGAGGACAAAAACAGGGCUUUGCUAGGCCGUGCAGCAAUUCCUUUCUGCACCCAGUGCGGGGAAAGAUCGCACCCAAUUUUUAUUUCAAGAUGCAUUUUUAAACAAUAUUUCCAAAGAGUUUCAGUCUAAAUAGACAAAAAAUAAGCUAUCCUGACACAAAUAUUUUAAUGCAGUUAUUCCAAUAUGAUCAAAAAUAUUUACUAUCUUCCCUAGAAAUCCUCCACUGACUUCCUUUCCCUUUGCUUAUCUGUACUGUUGUUAUACUCUUCUUUUUUUCUUGCCCUGGUGUUUCAGUUGUUUUGCUAACCAUUCCACGGAUGAGAAAGGAAGGGUGAGAAAAUGUGGUGCCAGUGGGUGACUUCCAGUACCUUAGUCAACUUAAUUAGAUAGCAGCUUACAAACUGAGCAUGAAAUAGAUAGUCAGUGUAUUUGCUUCAGCCAUUGUAGUUAAGCACUUGCACAGUAGCCACAGAUGGCAGGGAGUUGCAUGCAGGCAAGUGAAGGGGCUGUUCUCUCCCUCCUCUGCACCCAUCAUAGAAACCAAGCGGGCUGUUAGAGGAGGGAAUCCCCCUUCUCUGUGCCUGGCUAGAAAUGUAGGGGAGGAGGGACAGUGGUCUCUGUCCCAUCUCUGCUGCCUCUCAACUGGCUAGUGUGUGCAGGCUAGUAACUUUUGGGGGAUAGGAAACCUGUGGCCAGGUCCUAUCAGCCUCAGCCAACAUGGCCAGCGGUCAAGAAUGAUGGGCAUUGGAGUCUAGGCAUAUCUGGAGAGCUACAGAUUCCCCAUCACUGAUUUACAGGGUUGCCGUAGGUCAGCCUUCAUCAACCUGGUGCCUUCCAAGAUUAUUUGGACUACAACUUCCAUCAGUGCAGCCAUCUUAAGACUACCAAGUUAGUGAAGGCUGCCAUAGUUAAUGAUAGAAAUAUUAAAAAUCACAAAGCCAGCAGUGGGAGAGUAAAAAAUGUUCAAACAAAUACAUAACCAUAAGCAUGAUCUGAGCAAGCUGGUCAUAAAGAAGUUUUAUACCAAUCUUUAUUACCAUUUAUAGACAUACCUGGUAAAAUCUCUCCUACAGUAUAUUGCAAACUUAUUCCUAAUUUUUUCAGCUGCCCCUGCAGAGAUUGCCAUAGUAUAUAGUUAGUGAGUUUAUCCGCAGCUAGGAAUCAGCAAAUCAUUGGUGGUCUGUAACUUCCUAUAGCUUAUUAUGAAACCCAGGAGCUGAUAUUCUCAAUUCAAUUUUGACCACAUUUGUAAAAGCGUACAUUUCACAAAGCAAUUGUCUCUUGGUGUUACUUGCCCUGUUUAAUAUAAUGAAUUAGAAAAUACACAGAAGGAAUGAUUUUUUAUCUGGAAUGAAUUUUUAUCUUUUUUUAAUUUUCCCCAGGCGCUUGUACUUUGCCUUCCUUAGAGACUGGGAAGUGGCAAGCAGGCUUGCUGUUUUAAGGUCUUUAUUGCCUACUUUCAACUGUCUCAGGCUCUUAAGGGAGGCAGGGGAAGGGCCUUUCCCUUCUGUGCAUUUGCUGAUCCUCAACCUCUGAGAUAGGUGCAUUUUGGUGUAUGAUGGUGCAUUUUAAGAAAGCAGUUUUUUAAAGUUUUCCAGUCAUGUUAUAUUUCUUCAGCCUCAAGAAAGCAGGAUUGAUGUAUCACCUUUUUGUGAGUUGAUUUUGUAUUUGCCUCCCGUUAUGUUCCAAUUUCCCGUGGGUGUUGUAGGUUUUUAUAAAUAGUACAUACGGUUAACCAUCUAGUAUUAAGACUAGGGUACAAUAAAUACUGUGAUAUUAAUCACUCCAAUGCAUAUACAAAUCAGCAUUUAUAAUGUGAAUAUUUUUCCCAUGCUGAACCAGAGCUGAACUGAUUCAGGUAUGCAAAAACAGUUGUCCAUUGCCCCCAACCAAUUUCAGUCAUAGUUGAACCUGAUCCGGAAGUAAAUCAGAAAAUGUUACUCUUCUAACUUGCAAGUAAUCUACUGAUUUUUUUUUUAAGUAUGCUACACUAACAUCAAAGGUGGAAUUGUUGUCAGCAGCCAAUGGCUUUCUUACUGUAAGCCUGCUUGUUGCACAAUGUAAUCCUGUUAUCUUAAAAAAAAAAUUGAGUUCAAGCUUUGUUGGCCAAAGUUGAAUGCAAAAUGCAAGACCAGAGAUUGUGCACAGGUUAAGGAAAGGAAGGACAAAACCCCAUUUAAUGUGGAAAUUUUGCUCAGCCAGUUGUGGUCACAUUGUGUGUGGCAAAGUACUGUGCUUUGUUAUCUGAAGAUAUCUUCCAAUUGCAUACAUGCAUGCUCAUAAGCAGAGAAUAUUUGACUAUGGAACCACUGCUAGCCAGGAUUGAGAUAUCAAUUAAUUUCAUAAAGAGUAAUGCUUCUCUCUCUCUCUCUCUCUCUCUCUCUCUCUCUCUCUCUCUCUCUCUCUAUAGAGAGAGAGAGAGAGAGAAGGAUCCAAAUAGUGUUAGCUUGAUCAGAGUUGUACUUUCUCUUCAGCUUGGCUAGCUGAAUUUAAAGGAGUUAAUGUUGGAAAAAUUUCACUCUCUCAAUUAGAUUUACCUUUAAGCUUUCUGUUUUUAAUUGACCUGUUUUGUUAUAUCUCUGUCUGCUGUUCUUCUACCUGUAUUAUUUCUUUAUCUUAUUGUCCCUGUAGAUUUGGGCUUUUCAAUUUGAAUUUAUUGUAUUCCAGUUUCUUACGAUAGUCAAUAAAGUUUGUUUAAAAUGUAUUUUGGAUGUCUUGUCUGCCAUCUGGGAACAUCAGUCCAAACGUAAAAGGAAAAAUAGUUGCAUUCCACGUAUUGGAUUCUUUAAGAAACAUUUCUAAUAUGAUACUGGUGCUACACACAUAUUUGCUUGUAUGGUGAUAAGCAAGGGAGUUGAUCUAUUCUGCCUUUCAACCUAAAUAUUCAAAGUGGCAAUGAGGACUCAAACCAUUUCAUGCAGGAAUGGAUAAUCUGUGGUCCUCUAGAUAUCAUUGGCUCCCAACUCUCAUCAGCCCCAGCUAUCAUGGGCAAUUGUCAGGGAUGAUGAGGUUGUAGUCAAACAACAUCUGGAGUGUCACAGGUUCCCUAUCCUGACUUAAUGUAUCCUCGAUCAAGUUGUCCUUGCCCAACAGCUAAGCACAUAUUUAUUGGCAAACUGGUUUAUUUCCCAGGUUCCACAGCUCAAAAUUCAUAAUCUAUUGAUCAAAAUUCAUACAUCGCCCAAAAGUUUCUAUAGACUUAUAUCAUGUGGGUUCUUUCUUUCUUAGGUUUAGAAAGACUUUUUUCCCCAUAAAAGGAGUUGGAUCUUUUUCUUGCGUGUUCAGCUGUGUGUAGCUGUAUUUUCAUGGAUACAUCAGCAUGACUCUGGCAGUGCAAUCCUAUACGUGUUGACUCAGAAGCAAUCCCAUUCAAUGGGGCUUACUCCUUGACAAGUAGGUAUAGGAGUGUAACCUGAAUUAACUAAGUCAAGAGUCUGGAACAAACUUUGGAAACCAUGUGUUAGCUAAAAUAAGCACAAUCAUUUUGUCUGCUAGCCUGUCUUUGAACAUGUUGAGGUGUGUAUUAGUUAAGAGUAAUAUUUUCAAUUUUGCUUUAGUUUCUCAGAUGCCUGAAUGUAAGCGCCAUUUUC